GCGUGGUCUCUUUCCGGGCGUCGAUUCUGUGGCGGGAAAAGCGGCGUCUUCCGAGUCGCCUCUGACUGUCCCUGGUUCUCUCUUGGCGCCGCCCAGCCGGCGAUGGAGCAGCAGGCGGAGGACCCGCCAGGGGCGGCGUCCUCGGACCCCGGAGGGGCAGGCGGGCCGCCGCAGGUCGCCGGCGCCCGGGAAGCACGCAGCGAGGACCACAUGGCGCUGCUGUUCAGGCUGAGAGCACAAACAAAACAACAACUCUUAGAAUAUAAGUCGAUGAUUGAUGCAAAUGAAGAAAAAACUCCAGAACAAAUCAUACAAGAAAAACAAAUUGAAGCUAAAGUUGAAGACCUACAAAAUGAAAUUGAAGAAGUAAAAAUUGCCUUGGAAAUGAAAAGUCUUGCACUGAGCAGGAUGCAACUUUCAGCUGCACUUAAAAACGACCUGGAAAAAAUUAACACUGGGAACAGUGUGCUCAUGGAUACCAUGAAAGAAGUAUUAAAGCUGAAUAAAUCAGUAAUGAAAUUACAGCAGGAAUCUUGGGAAUUAGAAGAAAAACUACUUGAUGUUAGAAAGAAGAGAUUUCAAUUAAAACAAGCUUCAGAAAGUAAGCUUUUAGAAAUACAAACUGAGAAGAAGAAACAGAAAGAGGAGUUGGCCAGUAUGGAAAAUUCGGACAAGAUAAAGACCAUGAAACAAAGCCUACAGAGGGAGAUACAGAUUGCUACAGUUAUUCAACAUGUGUUCCAGAACCUCAUUUUGGGGAGUAAAGUCAACUGGGCAGCGGAUCCAGCCCUCAAAGAAACUGUUCUGGAGCUUGAAAAGGAUCUCACCAUGACCUAAUACGAAUUCUGUUUUGGGCCAGGUGUGGUGGAGCAUACCUGUGAUCCUAGCACUUGGGAGGCUGAGGCAGGAGGAUCACUGCAAGUUCAAGGCCAGCAGAGAACUGUAUUUUGCAUUUUUGGCUUUUUGUCUUUGAUAUGUCAUUUAAAUAGCAAGUUUCAGAUGAAAUGAAUUUCCACUGUUUUUGGAACUAUCCUAAUGCUGUAAUUUUUUUUUUAAGCUUGAGUUAACACUAUAGCAUAGAAUCGCUCAUUUUAAAUAAUAGUAAGGUGACUAAAUACUCAAAAAGGGGGAAAAUCUUAGUCAUAGAAAAAAGACAUCUAGUCCAACCUGUGAUGAAUAUGGACUUUUUUUGGAUAUUCCUGGCAGUCCUGGCUUUUAUUUGUAAUACUUAUGUGCAUUUAUGCAUUUGUCAAUCAAAAUACAGAGAAGUAUCCAAACUGUUAAAUUGUGAUGAUCAUA